AUGGCCAUCGGGGACAGUAUCCCGGACUAUGUGGCCGUGGCUGUUCAGAAGAACCAGGUGAAGAUGGCAGGUAGGUAUAACAGCAUGGACUGUAUGCGGUGUUUUAUGCACAUGCUUGAGUUUUGCAUGGGCUGCACGCCAACGGAGUAUACCGAGGAGCUGCAUCAGUGGUUUCUGAAGCGGCAGUGUCGGAAGUAUGGACGCGAUGCUGCGGCGGAGCUCGCGUAUUUUGGCGUGGUGUCCUGCGACAGUAUGACCACGGCAUUGGGUCGUAUGAGGAAGGCUCUAAACACCACGUCUCAAGUGAGUGCCGCGACCAUGUAUGUAUUGUUCUGCGAGACGCGGCAGGCUAUCAAUAGGUAUUCGCUGCAUGGUCUUUGGUACCUCAUUGAGCUGCAUGACAAGAGGAAGUCUGUUGAAUUGGACGGUAUUCCAGAGUUCCGUGUGCUCGCGAGUUGUCUGAGCGUUGUGACUCAGAAGGUCCAGCACACACAGCAGUAUCGCGGCUUGGUCAAGGCCGCGAAGGGUCUGGGUAUCAAGUGCGCGAAGUCGUAUACUAAGAAGAAGCUCGCGGCGCUGGUGCAGCGCGGUAUGCAGAAGCCUGCAGGCGCGGGGGCGCGGAAGAGGAGUUACGAGGAGCUGGUAUCCGCAGUGCGCGCUCGCGGCGGCUCCGAGUAUGUGAAGGAGAUCUUUCAGAAGGGUACCGGCAUGGACGUGUCCGUCACUCGUGGGGUCGCCCUCGCCGCCCCCCACGCGCAGGACGCGGGCCUGGCGCAGCAGCUGCAGCGGGGCCCCGCGGAGCAGGGCGAUGCUGCCCCCAGGCCCAGCUUUGGCCAGCCGGCGGACUCCGAGGGAGGAGCGGCGGCGCCCCGCACGGAGCCGCCGCCGUCCAUCCCGGACAGCCUCUGGCGCCGGCCGUCCUGGACGCCGCCCGCCGCGGCGGCCAACCACUCGGCGGCCCCGGUGGCCUCGGAAGCCGCAGGCAGCGAGGUCGCGCAAGACGAGGGCGCCGGAGGAGCCCACGCAGGCUCGCCAGGCGCCGUCGCCGCGGCCUCCGACCCCCCGGCCAGCGCGGCCGCGCCUCUCGCGCCAAAGGCGCAGGACGAGGGCGGCAACCGCGUCAUCGUCAAGGCGGGCGGCACCGACAUCGUCCUGCACUUUGGCGCGUCCGCCGCCCCGAAGGAGCCGAAGGAGAGCGCGGCCGAGCCCAG